AUGGGCAUGCAACAGCUCCAAGACAACCUCUGUUCUGUUGCAAAUAAGGUGUUGACAAUAUUUACGGGUGCAUUGCUAGAAAAGCAAAUUGUGUUUGUAUGCUCAAAUUUGGUCUUGCAAAAUGACAUGGUGGACUUCUUGGAUGCACCUGUUCCAUUUGCUGUUGGUGUGAAGCACAAAACUGAUGAAGCCCAAUCCAAGUUAGCAAAUGUUAUUUUUGCUAAUGCAAACAAGAAUCAGUUGGGGUUAGUAAUUGAUCUUAUAAAUAUGUCUCGUUAUUAUUCUAUGAAUGAUUGGAAGAAAGAAGGCAUCAAGUAUGUUAUGGUUGAGUCGAGGCGGAAGAAAACAACUUCCAGACUUGAACAACAAUUGGCAGAAUAA